UCAGGCUCCGAAUCCGAGUGCGCCGGGACUGCUACUACAGGAUCACCAUCAAGAGGGUGGAAGGCGAACAAGGCAAUGGGGAGGUGCUGGACUUGGAGAUCAAAUGGCGACGGGGCGGUAUGCCUCUAGGAGUGAGCAUGGAAGAAAGUCGGGGCCGAAUCACAAUUGGCGAAAUACAGGCCGGAUCAAUUGCUGAUGGCAACUUCCACUAUGGGGACGUAAUGACGCACGUUAACGGCAAAAGGGUGACGGACAUCAAGAGCGCAAGACCUGCAAUUCUGGAAGCGAUAAACAACAACAAAAGCCUAACCAUCCGUGUGGAGCGCCCGGAACAAUUGGGGGAAGUUUCUCAUCUUCCGGCGGACGUGGCCAAAAUCAUCAAGCGACAAAUCAACUUCCAUCGCCAUGCUCACAAAUACUCUGCGUGCAUCACUUCAGCUGAACGGGAAGCGACAACAUCUUCAAUCCUCAGCCGCAUUACUGCUGGACUUACUGGAAACACAUCAAGCAGAUCUUCUCGUCGCUCCAGUCCAGAAGUUGGCACUGCCAGAGUCACGAUUCAGCGAGCAUCCUCAUCAGACGUUAGGCCGAUUCCAGCCGAUUCGACAAAUGACUUGAAGCGAACGCCACCACGCCCUGGUUCACAAUAA